AACAGAGAUUGUUGUGAUUUCAGAGACAGAGACCCAGAGGUCAGAGCUUCCUCCAUCCUGAAGGUCAAAGAGAGAGGAGAGAAGGUCGUCACCAUGGCAAGUUUACCACAUGAAAACCAAACAUCAUCUCAGACUCCCUCACCUGCAUCACAGGAGGAAAACUCUGAAGAUGAGAAAUUAUCAGUGGCUCUGCUGAACAUUAAUGGUCUGAGAAACAAAACUCAUGAAAUUCGACACAUUAUUGCUCGUGAUAAGCUCCAUGUUGUGGCUCUGUGUGAAAUUAGACUGAACAGCACCGUUAAAGAGAGUGACGUUUAUAUACCAGGAUUCAGGAUGUGGAGGAGAGACAAGAAGGACAAGAGAAACAAUACAGGAGGUGGAGUCGCUCUCUAUGUUCAGGAUCAUAUUAAAACCAGAUUAAGACCCGACCUGAUGAAGGCUGAAGCUGAUGAGGAGAAUCCUAAAGCUGAGAUCAUUUGGGUUGAGAUGGAGCUUCCUGACAGUCGACCAGUUUUACUGGGAUGUUGUUACAUACCUAAAAAAAAUCAAACAACAUAUUUAAAACACAUCAGGGAGACGAUGACUCUGAUGUCAAAGGAGAAGGAAGAUAAAGAUAUUUUUCUGAUGGGCGACUUUAACAUUGACUGGUUGUCAAACUCUGAGAAGAAAAAAGCUGAUGUUUUUAUAUCUAGUCAGAGUUGGACUCAGAUCGUUAAAGCUGCUACCAGGCUGACUCUAGAUUCAGCAACAUGCAUUGAUCACAUUUAUACUAAUAUUUCAGGAACGGAUUCUUUAGAAGUAGAAAACAUUCCUACAGGCUGCAGUGACCAUAACCUCAUUACCGUAAAGGUCAAAAGAAAGACUAUUCAGAGUAAAGGAAAGUUUAGACAAAUCCAGUCUGAAAAAGAGAAAUUUCAUACAGAUAUGAAGAAAAAUUUGGAGGAAGUCUAUAAAAAGCCUCUGCAAGAGUUUACUAAGAGUUUUCUCCAAGUAGCAGAUGAACAUGCCCCAUUAAAGAGCCAAAAUAUUUAUUGUUUAUUGAAGUUGAAUAAAUCGUUGGAAGAUUUUGUAUCUGGCAGAGAUAAAGAAAAAUAUAAAAUGAUAAAAGACAUCUAUAACUCUAUGAAGAAAAAAAAGAAACUUCAGGAAAAGAUUGAUAACUACAUCAAUGGAAAACCUCAGAAUCCAGCAGGAGAUAAAAAUGAUGCUACAGAGUCAGAAGAAACUUUCCCUUUUCAUCUCCCUGAGAUUGAAGCCUCACAGGAAGAUCCACAAGGAUCUGUUAUAGAUCCUGUAGAUGGACAGAGGAAUAGAACGAGAAGUGAAGUAUUUCAAGAGACUAGAUUUACAGAAGUGAAGACAUGUUUGGAGUAUGUCUGUGAUCAUGUGGUUAAGGUCAUAGAUGAAACUGAAGCUGAACUGUGGGAACUUGCAGCUGGUUCUAUCUCUGCUACGAUCCGAGAGAUCCUGAAUGGAUACAUUAAGAUUGGAGAGAUUCCUGAUAAGCUUAAAAAAAUCAAAUCAUUCCCAUUUUCAACAGACAACUAUUAUAAUAUCAGACAGAAAAGUGGUGCUGUCAGAUUACACAUCAUAUUAAGUUACAUAUUUGAUGUCAUUCUUUAUGAGCAGGCAAAACCGUACUUUAUUGAAAACAUAUCUAUAGCAACACUUCAAGGAAAACUGGAGCAACUAAAAACUGAUUGGCUCUCACUGGGUGAAGCAAACACAGCAGUUGAAGCUGUGUUCCUGGAUUUCACUUCUUCCUUUGACGAAAUCAGUCAUGAUCUGCUGAUUACAAAACUUCAGAAACCUUAUUUCUCAGAUUCAAAUCUUAAACUGAUAGAAAGUUUUCUUUCCAUCCAAAAAGGUUCCUCUGGUUUGCCUAGAAUAAGCUGCCUCUCUCAGCUCCUCCACAUCAUCAUUAUUAAUGAUCUAAAGAAAAACUUAGAACCAUCUGCUGUUAUCUGUAACAAUUACAUGAUGAUCUUUGGAAAUAAGUCAGAAGUAGAUGAAAAAAUGGAGACUGUGAGAACACGGGCCAAACAGUUCAAAAUUGUAUUUAAAGAGACACGAAAACAGUUCAAACUCUCUGAGUUGUCAGCCAUGUCUAAGACCCUUGAGUCUAUGAUUCAUUGCCAUGGAGACAAAUCAAACUGGAUCAGAGCUCCUGGGAACAUAGUGAAGCAAAAUGGCGACUGGGAAAAUGACAAUGUCUCAAGAGAACUAGAGCUACACUUUGGUAAAGAUUCACUGCAGAGAUUUCAAACAGAAAAUCAGGAACGUCCUGCAGGCUCUGCUGGUGGCUCUGGAGGUUCAAGGAGGAGAGAAAUAUAAAGACGAUUCAGAUCCUGGAGGUUUUAUCAAUACAGGCAACUAUAAAAACAUGAAGGUGAUCAAAGUUCAGCUGAUAAAUGCUUAAAAAAAGCUAAAGUCAAAUGAAUCCGCAGCUCCAGAUAAAACUCCCAGAAAUAUUUAGAAAAUUAAAACAGGAUUUCUUUUCCUGCUGACAGUAGAAACUGAAUCACAAACGAGUCAAAUGACA